AUGUCAUCGAAGCCGGGCGCGACGGCCGCCGGUGCGGCGGGCGGGGAUGCGGCUGCAGCUAGUGGGUCAUGCAGCGUUGAAGGUCUGAAGUUGCCUAUAGGGCAGCACGGUGAGGGAAUUGUAGAGAAGACUGAAGGGGCGCAGGGCAGAGAUGACGCCUCGGAUGCCAGCUCCUUUGUGGGGGAGGGCCCAGGAGAAACUGCUGCGGCACCAUCCCAAAAAAAGAAGAAAUGGGGUAUCCCAUUGUCUGGCAUUAUCGACACACUGUUUCUUGGUCUGGGUGGACUUGGGGUGUACCACACCGUGCAGCAAAAAUACAUAGAGAAGAGAUCUGUGGAGUUCAUUGUUGGCCUGGUCUGGGGCGCAUGGUCAGGACUGCGAUUUGCCAGCAAAUACAAGAAGAACAAGAGGCGAAAGGACAGGGUGGGCAACAUCCUUGCUGUGGAGAUGGGCGAGAAGGGCAUCAUAGCCGUGACGCAGGGUGCCCCAUACUGGCUGACAUUGGAAGAGAACGAAAAGGUGGAGUGGCUGAAUGCAGUCAUCGAGCAGGCUUGGCCAUUCUACGAGGCGGCCAUAUGCAAACAGGUGGUUGCGACCGUGGAGCCCAUCCUGCAGAAGAGCAAGCCACCAUUCAUAUCCAAACUGUUUUUCAAGAAGAUGACAUUUGGGGGUGUUCCCUUCAAGCUCACCCAUAUGAAGACUGUCCGGGUGUCCAAGCGCGAGAUCGUGCUGGAAGCAGGGUUGAGGUGGGAUGGCACGGCACAGGUGGCCAUCGGUGUCGAUCUCUUUGGCACUCACAUUGCACCCAGUAUUACACGCAUCAAUUUCUUUGCCCAGGCUCGCAUCACAUUGGGACGUCUGUGUGACAAGAUCCCGGGCUUUGGUGUCAUGCUGGUCGCAUUUCAGGACCCGCCACUGGUUACCUUUGAUCUCAACUGUGGGGCAGGGAUAGGGCAGGCGGUGGAGGCUUGGCUGCAGCCUUUCCUGGUCAACAAUGUUCUUGGGUCCAUGUUUGUGUGGCCCAAUAGGCUGGUGAUUCCUAUGCUUCCUGAGGAGUUCACUGGGCCAUUGGACAAAUUCAAGCUGCGGACAAAGGGUAUUCUUCGUGUGCGUGUCGUUGAGGCCAGAGGCCUCAAGAAGAAAGACUUGCUAACCUCAAAGGGUGACCCUUACUGCACACUUGAGACAGUGCCUCUGCACCCAGUCAAGACAAAGAUCCUGAACAACACUGUGACCCCUCAGUGGGAUGAAGAGCUGUUCCUGAAAGUCCAAGAAGUGGAACAGUCCCUUCAUCUGGAGGUGUGGGAUUGGGACAACCCUGCGGUGGCCGUGGCCUCCUUUUCUGGAGACGACUUCUAUGGGCGAACCAGUGUGUGCAUUAACGAGUUGCCUGUUGGUGAACUUGUGGACAAGUGGUAUCCUCUUGGCAAAGGGGGCUGGGGUCAAUUGGGUGGUCCAGGAUCUGGUGAAGGGGAGGUUCGUUUGAAGUUAACACACAUGACGCUGGAGUCCCUAAGAGAUGGCCACUACUCACUGACGCCAAGGGACAAGGAGCGCAAUGUGCAUCAUGGUAUGCUGUUUUGUUGGAUGGAGGGCGCCCACAACCUGGUGCCUGUGGACAAGGACAAGAAGAGUGACCCCUACUGCGUGCUUUGGUGCCAAAAUGACAAGAAGAGCACCCCUGUGCUCAAGGACACCUUGGAUCCUGAGUGGAACGAGUAUUAUGAGUGGCCCAACGUCUCUGCAACGGAGACGCUGUUUGUUGAGGUCCAUGACAAGGGAAAGAUGAGCGACAAACUGUUAGGUCGAGGGCAGGUACCGCUCGCUGACGUGGCUCAGAAGUUUGCUGACGACAUCCACCUCGACUCCAUUACUGUCAACCUUCCGCUGGAGACAUCCGCAGGCACCAAGGGCACAAAGGGCGAUGUCAUCAUGCAUGUGGAAUGGAUCCCCCUCGAUGGCCUCACCAUUCCAAAGUCCAGGACGAAGCGCUCCGAUUCGCUGUUUGCAAAAGUGGAGAGGGGCGUGCUGUAUGUUCGCUUGGUGCAUGCCAGAGGUCUGAAAAACGUGGACACAUUGGGAAAGAGCGACCCGUACGUUAAGUUCAAAAUUGGCGGCAGCGAGAGGAAGUCCAAGAUCAUCAACAAUUCAAUCGACCCUGAAUGGAACGAGACGUUCCAGUGGGAGAGCACGAAAGCGACGGAUGUGAUAAAAAUCGAGGUGAAGGAUGACGACUUGCUGAAGAACGUUGUUCUUGGCGUGUAUGAAAUUGCAGUGUCCUACGCCAUAGACCCGCCAGGCGCUGUGCAAACAUUCAAGUGCAAGCUGAUCGACAAACAGCCGAAGAAGAAGGCCAGCCAGGGCAUCGGCUAUGUCGUCCUUCAGAUGUAUUGGGUGGCAUGGGAUGCUUUUGGGGACGAUCCGCAGCCGCCAGAACCCGAGUGGCCGCAAGUUGCAGACCCUUAG